AUGGAUCACCAGUUCACUCAAAGCCAGUUGGGCAUGGGCGAUGGCAGCUUCGGCGGCAGCCAAUCGACGCGGUCUAAGCUCGCGGUGCUCAGCGAAAGGAUUCAUGGCUUUGAAAAACAGAUGGAAACAGAGGCAAAACAGAGAAGGGAGAGUGAAGAAAGUCGAGUUAUCGCAAUCAAGGAAGCCAUCACGAAACUGGAGAAAACGCUCAACGCCGAAAUCAAACGACGCGUCGAGGCAAACAAAGCUCUCCAGGCGAUGUUUGAAAGCCAGCUUCUUGGCGUCCAAGACAAGCUGUCGUCUAUCUUCGUGGAGAAGUUUGACCAGCUACAGAGCGCCCUGGAUGCAUUGAACGACAGACUGACCGUCGUGGAGCGCGAAUCUGCAAUCGAGAAGGAUAAACAGGCGAAGGAGUGGGAAGAGAAGAACGCUAUGAUCUCCAAAGACAUGUCGACCAUCAAGGCAGCACUGGAGUCAGAGAGCCAGAUGAGACAAGAACGCGAAGUCCAGCUCGCCAAGAGACUAGGAGAGCUCGAGUAUCGAACAGAGGGCAAGUUCGAAGCGGAGAAAAACACUCGCCAGCAGAAAUACGAGCAGGCGCACGAGGAGAUGGAAGAGGCGAAGAGAAUUCGCGAGCGAAACGAAGAGAAAUUCCAGACCUUUGUCCUGGAGGAAAUCGCAGCUCUCAAAAAUGGCCUCGUUCUCGAGUCCCAGGCUCGAGAAGGAGCAGACGACGACAUCGUCCAAGCUGUCAAUCAUUACACGACGGCGCUGCAAGAUGCACUGCGGCUGGUUACGACUGCCUGA